UCACCGUGGACAACAAAUGGCAAAUACCUGGUAACAUUACGGUUGCAUGUCUACGGCUUCAGUUUUCUUGCCAAUGUUAUUCAUCAAAACGUAAGCAGAGGAAGGGAGGGAAUGCAGGAGUGCUACUACAAAGACUUCGUUCUUCUUUCUUUCAUUCUUGAUUCUUUCCUCAAAGAAAGUAGGGAGAUUAGUCGUUGUUUGAUUUUUGAGAAACAAAUUUGAUGGGUGUUGACGGGGGAGAAAAUGAUGCCGCAAAGGCUCAAUUCGAGGUGCCGGAAGCGGCGGGGCGUCCUGAAACUGUGAAGGGAGAUGUGUUUGUUUUGAAAGAUGAUGCCGAAGAUGGGGAGGGAAAUGGAGAUCCCAAGAAAGUGGAGGAUGAGAAGGAGAAAGAGAAUGUCGAUGAGAGCGAGAAGGGCACGCGAACGUUGCCUCCAGCUGAUGGAAAUGGGAUGAAAAUUGGACAGGAUGAGGUCGCUCUUUUAGCGCAAUCGUCUGAUGAAAAAGAGAAGGAAAAUACCGAGAAAAUUGAGAAGAUCGGUUCUUCAUUGCCGGAAUCUGAAGGUAAUGAGAAGGGCCGCGAUGGUGCCCUGCCGUCAUCUGAUGGAAAUGAGAAGGAGAAUGCAGUGGAAAGUGAGAAAGGCACUUCUCCAAUGCAUGGAAAUGAGAAGGAAAAUUCAAAGGAAACAGAGAAGGGUGAUCAUCCAAUGCUGCUUGCUGGAAAUGAGGAAGAAAAGAGGCAGGAACAUGAGAAGGGUGAGCGGUCAUUGUCUCCAUCUGGUGGAGCUGUGCUGGAGAAAAUCAAGGAAAUCGAGACGGCUGAGUCGUCUUCUUCACCAUCUGAUGCAAAGGGGGACGAAUCCUAUUCUAUGAGCAAGGAAAAUCUGUUCCCUCAUGAUUUGAAAGAACAGGAGAAGACGGCAUUGAUGGAACUGAGAUCGAAACUUGAAUAUGCGAUUUUGAAGAACAAGUUAUACAAGAAGGUGAAGGGUGAGAAGAAAGACGAAUCCCAGAAGGAAAAUUCGAGCGAAGAGAAACAAGAACGUGAGAAAGUGGAGGAAGAAAAGGAAAAACAAGGUAAAGAUGAAGAGAAGUCCAAAGAAGAUGGAGGAGAUAUUGUGGAGAAAGGGAAAGCAAAAGAUGAGGAAGAAGAGCAAAAACCUGAUGGAGAAGAGAAGGUUCAGAUAGAGAUUGAAGUUGAUAAAGAUAUAACUCUUUGGGGUGUGCCCUUGUUGCCAAGCAAGGGAGAUAAAAGAACAGAUGUUUUACUCUUGAAGUUCUUAAUAGCUAGAGAGUUUAAGUCCAGUGAUGCCUUCGAGAUGUUGAGGAACACUCUUCAAUGGAGGAAGGAACAAAAAAUCGACUCAAUCUUCGACGAAGAUUUUGGAGACGACUAUGUUUCGGUGGGAUACAUGAAGGGGUUAGACCGUGAGGGGCAUCCUGUUUGCUACAAUGUGUUUGGUGUCUUUGCUGAUGAUGAGAUGUGUGACAAGACCUUUGGAACGGAAGCGAGUCGUGAGAGGUUUCUUCGGUGGAGGCUGCAAUUGCUGGAGAAGGAAAUUCAGAAGCUUGAUUUCAGGCCUGGAGGAGUAUCCACGUUGGUCCAAAUUAAUGAUCUCAAGGAAUGUCCUGGACCUGCACGCAAGGAUCUCCGGCUCGUCAGUAAACAAGCCGUUGCAAUUCUUCAGGACAACUACCCUGAAUUUGUUGCAAGAAAUAUCUUUAUCAAUGUUCCCUUCUGGUAUUAUGCGUUCAAUGCAAUUCUGUCGCCUUUCGUAACACAAAGGGCCAAGAGCAAAUUCGUGUUCAGCCGCCCCUCCAGGGUCACAGACACACUUCUCAAGUACAUUCGUGCAGAGGAAAUCCCUGUUGCCUACGGAGGACUACAAAGAGAAAAUGACCCCGAAUUUUUGGCCCAAGAUGCUGUUUUUGAGGUUAAUGUUAAAGCUGGAGCAACUGAAACUGUAGAGAUCCCUGCACCAGAGGCUGGGAACAUUCUGAUGUGGGACUUGACCAUAAUAGGCUGGGAUGUUAGCUAUAAAGAGGAAUUCGUGCCCACAGAUGAAGAGUCGUAUACGGUGAUUGUGAAGAAGGGCAGGAAGAUAAGCUGGCAAGAUGAACCUAUACGUAAUUCUUAUAAGAACAACGAACCGGGGAAAGUCGUGAUCACGAUUGAGAAUGGGAUGUUCAAGAAGAAAAAAGUGUUGUACAGAUACAAGACCAAGAAUCCCUCUGCUUCAUCUGGAACUUGAUGACAAGAGAGCUCUGAUGUGGAUUUAGUGUUGGAAUGGUCUACCUGCAAGAAUUUUUGCUUCUUUUACUGUGGUUUUUUUAUGUUCUGAUGUUGUGUUUUUGUUCUUUGAAAUUCUUUUAGUGCAUUUAUGUUGUUGGUUCAAGAAUGGGAUUUGGGUUUUGGUUGUAUGCUUCUAGUUCUGAUGUGUAAUAGAAGUACAUUCCAAAUUGUAGUAACUGGUCUGUACCAUUGUAGUAGUAUAUACACUCAAAUUAGGGGAUAAUAUUCAUUUUUGGAGAUUGUAAUCCUUUCUUUUCA